CGACAUUCCGUCGAAUCGGACCUGCCUUGUGCUCCAUCGAAGAUCCGAUCGUCUCCGUUCAGGAAUGGAUAUCUCAGGAAAUAGCAAACAGAAGGCCAUGGAUGAUAAACUUAUUAACUUGCCAACGGAUGUUUUAACCUGCAUCCUAGAUCGCUUGCCUGCUCGAGAUGCAGCAAGAACAAGUAUUUUGUCUAGAAAAUGGAGAUACAUAUGGGCUGGUCAUCCAAAUCUUGUACUUGAUCCCAAGAAUAUAGUCACUGUCACCAAAAAUGAUUUUGUUGGAAUAGUCAAUCAAAUUCUCUUACAGCAUAUUGGGCCCAUUCUAACUUUUCAUGUCAGCCUUUCAGAUGUACACAUGUCACAGUACCCAAACAUUGAUCCAUGGAUACUAUACUUGUCAAGAAAUGGAUUGAGGAAAUUCAGAGUGGAGAAUUCCAGUCAUGAUCUCUAUGCACUUCCCUCUUAUGUAUUCUUGUGUCAAGAACUUACGUUUUUGUAUCUGUCUAACUGUAUCUUCAAACAACCAUGUGGUACUAUAAGAAGCUUUCAAAAUCUUAAGAUCCUUUUUUUGUCUCAAGUUGCUUUCAAGCCAGAGGUUUCUGCUUCUAUCUUUGCUGCAUCAAAGCUUGAAUGUUUGAGGUUACAAAGCUGCAGUGGUAUGGAUCACUUGAACUUUGAUGGCUGUUUAUCAUCACUUUGGGCCUUGAUACUUUGCUACAAUCACGGGGUUAAACUGAGUUGUUUUAUGAACUGCAAAAGUAUUACACAUGCACGCCUUUUAUCGCCAAUGGAAGUUAAUAAAUGUUUUGGCCCUGGUGAGAGGAUCAAUUUAGCAAGCUUGUUUGAACACUGGCCUCUACUUUCAAACCUUUUUCUGGAUGGACACCAUCUCAAGCUUUUGGCUGCAGGCUCUAUUAUGAGUGCACUUCCAGUUAAAAUCAACAACUUGAGGGAUCUUCUACUAUAUCAAAUUAACUUUACCGAUCUGAUUCCGAUGGUGACUGCUGACAACAGCCUCGUUUUACAGUAUUUGCAAGAACGUAGCUGCAUGAGCGAGGAGAUUAACAGUUUGCGGGCUUUGAAGAUGAAAUUUUUCCAUGGGUCAAGAGCUGAAAUGCUUUUUGUAAAGCUAAUACUUGCGUGCUGCCCGGCCUUAGAAAGGGUUAGUUUUGUGGACAAGAAAGUAGUAGAGGUAUCGGAAGUCUCUAAUAUUUUGAAAGAGUUAGUGCUAUUCCCUCGAGCUUCAAGGAAAGCACAAAUCAUAUUCUGAACUUGUGACUAAAA